AUGUCAUCAUUGCUGCUGGUGCUUGGGGCAUGCAUCACUGUUUGCUCCUUUGGAUGUGGUAACGGUUAUUGCAUUGCACCCAACCUCUGUUUUUGCCGAGGAAGACAAGAAGGAAACUCCUGCACAGAUGAUGGAAGGUCCGGUCACCUUCUAAGUGAUAGUUUAUUAAACCACUCGGACAUUGAUGGAAACCCCCCAUCGUGCCUGAACAUGCACUGUGACCAAAGCUGUGCUCUGAUUGGAGGGAUGCCUGUUUGUAGCUGCUACGGUGGUUACUCUCUGGGGAAGGACGGGAAGACUUGCUUUGAUGUGGAUGAAUGUUCCCGAUAUGGGGGCCAAAGUCUUUGUCAGCAAAUCUGCAAGAACAACAUUGGCAGCUACAGAUGUCUCUGUUACCAAGGAUACCAGCUCUUGGCCAAUGGGCGCACCUGCAUUACUUCAAAAUAUUUAGGCUUAACUGGACUUCCUGGCCAUUGCGGAGAAUAUGGCUGUGACAUGAGUUGUAACCAUGGCGGCUGUGAGGAGAUCUCACGUGUAUGUCCCGUUGGCUUCGCCAUGAUUGAGACCAGCAACGGCAUCAGCUGCAAAGACCUUGAUGAAUGUGCAGGGAACAGGUCUCCUUGCCAACAGAGGUGUCAGAAUGUGGUGGGCAGCUUUCAGUGUUCCUGUCGGUCUGGCUUCUACCUGCAGAGCAAUGGUCAUUCAUGUGCAGAUAUAAACGAGUGCCGAUGGAUCGGGGAGAGCUGGGUUUGCCACCAUUCUUGCCACAACACCUUUGGCAGCUACCUCUGUUCCUGCCGCGCUGGUUUCCGACUGCUGAGUGAUAGGAAGACCUGCGAAGAUUGGGAUGAAUGCUCAAACAGCAGUCGGAGGAUGUGCCAGCAAAGGUGCACCAACACAAUAGGAAGCUUCUUUUGUUCCUGUGACAAUGGAUAUUCACUUGGUGCUGAUAAUUUAUCCUGUGUAGAUAUCGACGAGUGCCUGUCCAACCCAUGCUCUCAUCAUUGUGUUAACACUGCGGGAAGCUUUUACUGCCCGUGCCCUGAAGGGUUUCACUUAAACGUGAAUGACACCUGCACAGAAAACGUGCCCGAUUCAGCUCCUGUCAUGGAAUCUCUGAAGCAGCCUGUACCAGCUGCGAUCUUCGCCACGCCCUGGAAGCCACCAACAUCCUGUUGGCACAAUGGGACCUUACACCAGGACGGUGCGACUUGGAUGGUGUCUGAGUGUGUGGAGUGUAGUUGCCAGGAAGGGGAAGUGCUUUGUCAACCUAUUAUCUGUGAAUCGUCUUGUAGCCAUCAGGUCCGGGAGGAAGGUCAAUGCUGUGGAACAUGUGAUAAGUGUCUCUAUGAAGGCAUGGUUGUGAACCAUGAAGAUGUAUUCUCUCCCUCCAAUGACAAUUGUACCCUUUGUGUCUGUAUUUCUGGGAAUGUGAAGUGCAUCACCCCUGAAUGCCCUCCAGUCACAUGUGAGAAACCCAUUCUUCUGGAUUGUUGUCCUAUUUGCCCAGCUGAGUGUACUGAUCAGGACACAGUAUAUCCGCAUGGCACAGAAUUCACAAGACCUGGUGCUGACUGCAUCAUUUGUGUAUGCUUGAAUGGUGAAGUGGAGUGUUCCUACAGCCCCUGCCCAGUGCUGGACUGUGCCAGGGAAAAUUGGUUUCUGGAGCCUGGCCAAUGCUGUUUUACCUGUCGUCAGGAUAAAAGCAUCAAAGGCUGUUUUAUAGAUGACAAUGGUAUUGAAUUUCCAGUCGGGCAAAUAUGGUCACCUGGUGAUCCUUGUGAAGUGUGUGUGUGUCAGGAAGAUGGUUCAAUUGUUUGUAAGAGGACAGAGUGCUUGGAGACCUGCGCACACCCUAUAUUGGUUCCUGGCCAGUGUUGCCCAGAUUGUUCUGCAGGUUGUACCUAUGGUGGGGUGACCUAUCAGAAUAAUGAGAGCUUCCCAUCAACAUCAGAUUCUUGCCUCACCUGCAUCUGUCUGUCAGGCUCUGCUGCUUGCUCCCCUAUGGAGUGCAAAGCUCGUUGCACUUAUCCUUUCCAUUCUGAGGGUGAGUGCUGCCCCCUCUGCAUUGAUUGCAAUUACGAAGGGAGGAAAGUCACCAACGGCCAGUCAUUUCAGCCUGAAAAUAGACCCUGCUACCAAUGUAAAUGCCAAUUUGGAGAAGUAAGCUGUGACAUUUUGACAUGUGAGUCACCUUCCUGUGAGCGCCCCUAUACUGUUCCCGGUGAAUGCUGCUCGACUUGCUCAGUGUGUCUGUAUGAUGGCCAGGUUCUGGAAGAUGGAGGAUAUUAUAUCUCAGCCACUGACCCCUGUGUCGUCUGUCUCUGUACGGAAGGCAAUGUAGAGUGUGACUGGAAAGGAGAUAGUUGUACAGAGCUGGAGUGUGAAGAGCCUUUACUUCAUAUCCCUGGCACCUGCUGUCCCAUGUGCCCUGACUUAUCUCCUGAGAACUCAGUGUUGUACCCUCCUAUCAGUGGCAACAUGAUCCCUGAGAAACCGGCACCAACACAGCUCUCUCGAGGACCUUGGAGAGCAACAGUUCGACCUCACCCCUCUGGCUCGGAAGGCAGGUUAUUAUCUGUGUCUCCUAUAGCCAGUCCCACAACCAGGCAGCGCUCCCUGCGUCGCAUGUUGCCUUGGAGUGUGAGGAGCAAGUUAGCACAGGGAUUCACUGCUUCACCUGAGAGGCGAAGGAUUGCCACAACAGAACAACCAAGGGUUGGACAUGCCACAGAAAUGGACCAGAGCACAAGCAGUAUGUCUCAGGGGCACUCUGUGACACAAACUGAGUUCCCUUCCCCAGCAACAGCCGAAACCAUUUCACCAGAUGCUGCCGGUUUUCAAAGCGGGAUUUUCCAGGAAGCCUUAAGUUGUUUAUUUAAUGGCACAAACUACACCAAUGGAUCUCAGUUCAUCCAUCACAACAAGCCCUGCCUUCAGUGUCAAUGCUCAGAAGGGACGGUUAUGUGCGAGUCACAGAAGGAGCAAUGCCAGGCCCUGCCAUGCAGUUUAAUGCAGCAGGAGACACCAGUGGGUCAGUGCUGCCCAGUGUGUGUUGAUUCACUGUGUGUAUACCGGGAUCAAGUGCAUGAGGCUCAGUCCCAGUGGCUGGAUGGCUGUAAUCUCUGUCGUUGUGACAAUGGAACUGUGGAGUGUCAUGCCAAGCCCUGCUCUCCUCUCGUUUCCUGCCCAGCACAGUCCAUCAUGUCCCAGCCUGAUGGAGAAUGCUGCAUGAGGUGUGUCCCAAAAAUAAGACCAAAGGGCGUUUCAUGCACUGUGUUUGGAGAGUUGCACUUGGUGACCUUUGAUGGACAUUUCUCUAACCUCAAUGGAACGUGUGCCUAUCUUUUAGCCCAGGAUUGUGGUUCAAAUCAUUUCAAUGUAGUUUUCCAAAGUAAAUGGAAUGACAGUCCCACUGAGCCUGAGAUAAAGGCCCUGAUUGUACAGAUUGAAAACAGAACCUUCAAGCUUUCAGGGAAGAACCAAAUUCGAGUUAACAGCACAGAAGUAGACCUUCCUUAUUCUGAUGCAGCAGGUAUCACCAUUCAACAUUCAGGAAUCUACGUGAUUCUGAACUUGCUGGAAGGUCUUAGCAUCACCUGGUACGGAAAAGGUUUUGUAGAAAUCAAUGUCCCUGAAUCGUUACAAUUGAGAAUAUGUGGACUGUGUGGCAAUUUGAAUGGAAACUCAUCAGAUGAUUUUGCGUUACCAAGUGGAGAAGAGGCUUUGGCCCCUGUUGGGUUUGGAAACAUUCAGCCCAUCAGGGUGAACAAAGAGAGGCUGUGCAGGGCUGAAGAUAUUGAGGACCCGUGCAAUGGAACAACACUAGCUGAUAACCGUGCAGCCAACAUGACUUGCGGCAUUAUCAUGGGUCCCUUAUUUCAGGCAGCACAUGAGAGUGUCGAUCCUCAACCCUAUUACCAGGCCUGCCUGACUGACCUGUGCAGUUGUGUGGAACAGACGUGGUGCCUAUGCAGUUUACUGUCUGCGUAUGCUUUCCGCGCCCUGAGAAAUGGAAUCAUUUUAAACUGGAGAAAUGAAACACUGUGCGGUGUAACUUGCAACGGUGGCUCAAGUUAUACUGAGUGCAGCUGCCCUCAAACGUGUUCGACCUACCUACAACCAGAGACAGAGUGCUCAACUGACUCCUGUGUGCCAGGCUGCCAGUGUCCUGCAGGUCUCUUCAUGUAUCAGUCGAAUUGUUUGCCACCUUCACUGUGUCCAGUGAAAUCACUCUACAACCAGAGAGGGGCCUCCUCCUUUCCAAGUUUGUGAUGGCUCAUAACUGUGGUCCAUUUGUACCCACAGUUUAACUAAAUUUACUACAAAUCCUCCUGGUUUGAUGGUGGAAGAGUUGAUGAGCCUUCACUCAAUAGAUGUGGACACUACAGCUGGCCUGGGACUGGAGGACGUACACUGGAGGCCUGUGACUUUGUGAAGCAUUUUAGGUUAGAUACCAAAACUGUGAACUACUGAUCAACAGAUUAUUGAACAGAACUUUAUUUAUUCAGAUGGUACAGCUCCCAUAUUAUUACCUCAGUAAAAUUGAGAACUACUCUGUACAGUAUUGUAUAAAUCUUAUUAUUCCUUUCAUCAGAGUCUUUCUAUGGAAUGUCU